CAGGGGGGGAACAAAGCUGCCCCCUAUAUUCAGACACCUGCUGCUGCUGCCUGACACGGGACGACAAGGGGGGCAACUCACAAGACCCAUGCAUUGACCCUGGUCUGAAGGACUUCAAUUCCUAGCUGUCCAAUCUCUACAUCAGUGAAUAAGGAGGGAGGACGCAAAGGAGGGACGGACAGCAGUGAUUCAAGGGAUCUUUUACUGUCCAUGCUCCUCCCCUCCCUUCCAUGGGAUGGGCACCACAGAGGCGACACUACGAAUGGAUAACAUGGAAUGUAAAGAUGAGUGGCAGGACGAAGACUUCCCCAGACCACUUCCUGAGGACGGUGACAUGGAGUCUUCCUGUGGUCUCACCGAUGACCGAGCCUCUCCUCCCAACUCUCUGAAUGUUAAUGCAGUUGGAGGAGGCGGAAGUGGAGGAGGGUCCACCCAUCGUAAGCGGCGUACAUUAUUGGCCCCGGACAUGAACCUGUCCCUGGACCACAGCGAGGGUUCCCUGCUGUCUGACGACUUCUUGGAUACGCCCGACGACCUGGACAUCAAUGUGGACGACAUCGAGACCCCAGACGACAACGACUCCCUGGAGUUCAUCACCAACGGCAACGAGCUGGAAUGGGAAGAUGACACGCCAGUGGCCAACGCCAAAGCGGGGCCUGGUGACGGAGAAGAGGAGGAUGGUGCUGAUGGGACGGGGGGAAACGGGCGCCUGUGGAGGACGGUGAUCAUUGGGGAGCAGGAGCACCGCAUCGACAUGCAGGUCAUCAGGCCGUACCUCCGCGUCAUCACCCAUGGGGGUUACUAUGGCGAGGGUCUGAAUGCCAUCAUAGUGUUCUCAGCCUGCUACCUGCCCGACAGCAGCUGUGCAGAUUACCACUACAUCAUGGAGAACCUCUUCCUGUAUGUGGUCAGCAGUCUAGAAAUGCUGGUUGCUGAGGACUAUUUGAUCAUUUACAUGAAUGGAGCCACACCGCGGGGCAAGAUGCCGGGCAUAGGAUGGCUGAAGAAAUGCUAUCAGAUGAUUGAUAGGAGGCUGAGGAAGAACCUGAAGUCUCUGGUCAUCGCCCACCCCACCUGGUUCAUCCGCACUGUGCUGGCCAUAUCUAGGCCUUUUAUCAGUGUGAAGUUUAUGAAUAAGAUCCAGUAUGUGCAUAGUCUGGAUGAGCUGGCAGAGAUAGUCCCCAUGGAACAUGUGCAGGUCCCGGAGUGUGUGGUGCAAUUUGAGGAGGAGAGGAUCAGAGCUCGGAAAGAAAGGAUGGAGCAGGAACAGCAGGAACAGCCAAACCCACACGCGUCUUCUUCAGCCAAGGCAGAGAGGCCCAAGUCAAUGAUCACAGGGCAAGGAAUCUGAAAGGGACCUGCUCCUCUUUAUUCAUCUCAUACCAUGUUGUUGAAAGAAGUUUGGAGCAUGAAAACUGUGUUUAUAAGAAGAAACAUGAAGUCCUACAAGUCUAAGAAUAUUUCCUAAUCUAUAAAUAUCAAGCUGAAGAUUUUUCCAUCAAGAUAUUAAACUCCCCAACACACUCCUCAGUUGUUCUUAGGUUGCCAACUGAUUCCAUCAGGACAUUCAAGGGAAUUGUCUGUUCUGGGGACUAUACAACUCCAUGUUACAUCAUUUUACGACCGCUGAAAGUAGUUACUUUUAAACGCCGCCCCCAGUCACCACCCUGGGUUGUGUAUCCAUUUCAAAUAUAGAUGACACUGCGAAACUUUUGCCUAAGUCAAGAUGUAAGAAAAAAUAACAUGAAUAUUGUAGAAAAUGUUCCACCGGACAUAAAUGGUGUAAGGUGUCAGAGGCAGGCAGGUAACCAGACCUUUUACAGUUUUGUGUUGGAGGCUCUUGCAGGGACAAUGGUAAACUAGACUUGAGUAUGUGUUAACUACUGUAUACAGACAGUUUUGGAUGGUGUGUCCUAGGAGCUGCACCGAGGGCUCUGCCAGGUCUAGUUACUGAGAGGAAGAAGGGAGGAGGAACAGAGAGUCAGGCAAUGCCCCUUAGUGCUCAGCAUUGGUGUGCUGUGGCAUCAUUUCACCCAUUAGCGCUAUUCUAGCCCUGGAACAUUUAGAUGUAGACUGGAAUGCUUUGCGAGACAUCGGAUGCCUUCACCUUUGCUUCAUUUUAGCCUCAUCAUUUGUCCGAGUACAGGCUUUAUUUUUGAUCAACUGUUUUGCAUUAAUAAUUUGGAUGUCAUCGUGUUUCAUAUACCCAGAUUGGUCCGGGGAUCAUUCAGUGCCCAACUAACCAACCCAUGUACCUUACAUUCUGAUGUGCCUCAGGAUUCUUGUCUGUACAUUAAUAUGGGGGCCCACUGAAAAGUAAGAACAGGAAAUGUGCUGUUUUGACUGUAAUGCCAAGAGGACUGCAUUUCAUUUAAGUUUUUCAGUCAUUGAUGUUGUGACUUAAUGGUAUCAUUUCUGUAUCAUGCUGUGUUGUGGGUGCAGUCAAAGCAUGCUAACAUGUUGUCAGCAUGUAAUGUACCUUCAGAUGUCCUAUUGGAUUAUGGACCAGUCGCCUAAUGGUCAAUCUUCUAUUGGAUACUUACCUACUGGGUGGUAGAGGGGAGGAAGUGUUAAGAGUUUUUAUUUUUGUAAAAAUUACAUACAUACAU